AUGUAUGAGUUCACAUCUCAGCUGGCCUUCGAACUCGGAUCCUCGUCAGCCUGUGCCGGCGUGAGCAUGCGUGAGCAUCGAACCCCUGCAUGCAACAGCCUGUACACUGUACACCCUGAAAACCGAACCUUCACGAUGCUUUCAGGCAAGAUCUCCAUGAGCAGCCCAAGCAAGAACUCUCUCUCGACACCUGGCUCCUGCCCGUGGAGUCCCAGAAAUCUGUUUUCCAGCGCUGCUGAGGUGAUGCAAGGGCGGAUGUCCAGCAGCGAUCGUGUGGGAACCAAGGGCCGGAGGUCCAAUUGGUUGACCAGGGUGCUUCAGUUUACGUCGGCCUACUGGGGUGCCGCUGCCUUCGGCCAGACGCGGGACGGCAAGGUCCUUCCUUUGAUCGACAUCGCCUUGGCCUUCGGUGCUAGCGUUGUCUUUGUCCCGACGGAGCCGGGCGCCAAAGGAUUGGCUGCAGCCGUGGAAAACUACCGCAUCUCGGUUCUCGGCACUGCCUCUCGGACGUUGGCCACGUUGGUGAGGUUGGCUGUGCGAAAAUCCCUUGCGACGCCACCAACAUUCAGAAGCAAAGAUCUCGCAUAUGGAGUGGUUCUGCAUAGCAACUUAGCCGUCGCCAUGAGGUUCCUUCCAUGCUCCGGGCAACGUAUCCUGGAGGCAGUCAAUCACGUGCAUGGGCAAAGCCUGGAGCUUUUAUCGGCCGGCCUCUGCUCCGCCUUGUCUGCGUGUGAUUCUCACGUGGGGAGAGGCGUUCAUGGGGUGGUCGAUUGCGAAAUGCGCUUUGGCUCCACACUUCUCAGGGUGUGGGCCGCGGCGACGAUCAAGUUUGCUCCGGUUCACUCGCUUUGUGGGUGUGAAGUCUUGGCCCUCCCGGUCAAAGUUAGCCGGGCCUGGACGAAGACUUGUCCCGGCGUGUUUGCAGAGCUGGCCACGGCUACAGGCUACGUGCAGGCAUGCUACGUCGUGGACCUCCUCAUUGCGAGUGCCCUGGAUAUCAUCCCUAGAGCCUGUGAGUACUGGCUCGCCCUGGCGAGUGAUUGCACGACCUGCAAAGAUCCCCUUGAUGGGCAGGAGAAGCAUAUCUUCCAGCCUCUGCCGUCGCUACCCAUGUUGCUCCUGCUGUCUCCGGACGGAACCCCGCUGCAGCCGCACACGCCCGGCGUCGAAGGCGAGCUCUUGCUGGCAGGAUUGAAUCCAAAAGUGCCCUCAGGUGCCACUGUGUCACCAGGCUAUGUCGGCGAAAACGGGAGGCGAGUGCUGGGUCGAGGGUGCACGAUACCUGCGGACUCGCGACCGAUUGCGUGCAGUUGGGGCACCAUGGCUCAACGGGAGGCCGGGCGCUUCGUCUUCUGCGGGCGCCUGGGCGCUUUGGCCAAGCGUGGUGGCCAGUUCGUGGACAUCGAGGCCUUGGCUGCUUCUGUGGCCGCCACGCGCGGCGUCGCCGAUGCUGUGAUUGUCGCCGGGCCGGAGGGCCUCGAGGCCUUCGUCACACUGGAGGAGGAUGCUUUGUCCCGGCUUCUCUCUGAAACAGUCGCCGCAGUGGCACGUGUCGCAGGACCGGGCGUUCGGCUCAAUCUCCGAAACGCGCUUCCCCGCCACCCCGUCACCGGGAAAGUGGACAGACACCGUCUGCAGGAGCAGCUGCAGCUGCAGAGCGAGCGUGAGAAGAGGCAUUGGGAGCACCUCCGUCACGUGCAGCGAGAGAUGCUGAGGUUCUACCGGCCCUGGUACCUCGUCGCGCUGGUGCAGGUGGCGGUGCCUUCUCUGUUGGCGCUCCUCGUCCUCGACUCCCCGAUCUUGGAUUUCGUGCUCGGCCUCUUCGAGCGCUUGCUGCUGCUGCCCUAUGCCUGGGCGGCACUAGCGUACACGCGACUUCUGCCGUUGGGCCGCCAGGGGCGGUUUUAUGAGAGCCUCAGCCCUGCUGACGUGCUGCUGCUCCUCGUUGGCAUCCUCCCGACGCCACUCCUUUGUCCGGCCCAGGCUGCCUUGGCCAGUCUGCUUGCAUGGAAGCGUAGCCGCAAGGCCCCCCACGAUGUCCAACUGGCUGCCGUGCUUCUGCCGCUGGCUUUUCUGGCGCUUCUCCUGGGCUUGUUGACCUCGCCAUACCUGCAGCUGCUGUUCUGCGCAGGAUUUGUCGCCCUAAGCACGCGAUAUCCCUCCGGGGAUCGGUACUUGCUGGUCAGCCUUCCCAUUAGCUUCUACCUCGUCCUGCCCAAGUGGCUGAAUGAUGAGACUCAGUGGCGCAUAGACCAUGGGGCCUGGCUCCCUCGUCGCCUGCUUUGCCGGCUUCUCUGCCGACCCCGGCCACCUUGGCAGGACUCCUUAUCCUUCGAGGACCGGGGGCGAGCCGUUGCAAUUCUCUUUGGCAGAGAGGGUGCAGUUCGCGUGUCAAAGGCCAACCAGGGCCUGUCGCUGACGGUGGACUUCCGGAAGGAGCCAGCUGCCGUGGCAAUCCGCAACACUGCAUCUUCGCCGUCUGCUGGCGCAGCCACACCCCUGGCAGGCCUCGUGCGGCGCGUGUGCGGUGAUUCCUCGGGCCUGGGACGGCUGGACUCGCUGCAGGCAGUGUCCCUGGCAGAGCUGAUUCGGAAGGAGCUUGGGAGGUCAAUCACAGUGGCAGAUGUCCUCCGUUGCGCUGACGUAGAGGAGUUGGGUGAAAAGCUCCAGGAGGUGCGACCGACACAGGAGUUCCAAGACCCCACUGGCGAGCCGGACGCCGACGGCAACUACAGAGUGUUUGUGCUGCAGUUCCCACGCCACCCGGUGGACUGGUGCCUUCGCUACACCGGGGAGGGGCACAUGGACGUGGAUGCGAUGCAGCGUGCUGUGAACCGUCUGGUGGCAAGGCACAGCGCGCUGCGGAUGCGGCAGACUCCGGACGAGCCCAUGCGCGAGGCCAUCGACAAGGCUGCUGGCAUGUGGCAGCUAUGGAGCAGUUGCAUCGGCUCCGAUAGCGUUGGGUGGGCGCGACUCCGCGGGCAUGUCUCUUCGGCUUUGUUUGCUUCGUGGCCACGAAGCAUCGUGCGCAGUGCUGAGGACACCCUGCUGGAGGUCCGCAUUCCGCAGCUGGUGGAAGGGCGUGUGAGGAUGCCUCGCUGGGACUGGGCCACCCAUGACCAGUAUGUCCACGGAGCCAUCACGGAUCUCCUGCGACCGCGGCGCUGGCCGGCAGAUGUGGCCAUACUGCCCCUCUUCAAGGGAGAGGCGCCAGAGCACACCACUGCCCUGGAGGCUGCUUUGUCGAAACCGGCCUCAGAGGUGGCGUGGUAUGUCUACAUCAGCAUCACCCACGCCUACUCCGACGGCCUGUCGGGUCAGGCUCUGUUUGCGGAUCUGCUUCGCUUCUACGAGGAGGAGGUUGGUGCCCGCCACCGCCAGGUGGUGCGGCCAACCGCGGAGCCACUGGCCCUGCUCCAGCGGCGGCUGCGGCGGUCUUUGGAAGGCCGCACUCCCGAAACGUUGCAGGCGCCCAAUGACGAUCUGUACCACGAGUCGAUCUGCGAAGACUGGGGACGCCGCGAGGGGCUGUCCCGGCGUAUCUUCUUCGAGCCUGCCGUGGCACGGAGCCUCCGCAAUGCGGCGCAGGGCGUGUACGGCUGCAGCGUGGAUCUCGCCUGGCUCACUGCCAUCAUGUGUGCAAUGUUGCGCCUCUUCCCCCAGCAGCCGCGCAUGAUGCUUGUGGUCAAGGCCUCUUGCCGUGACGGGGAGGGUCAAGGGGAGAUGGUGGGCUUUCUCUCGGAAGCCCGAGUCAUCACCAUCGAUGUCGGCGACGUCCAAAGCGCGACAGUUCUGGAUGUCCACCAUCGCAUCCACACCGCGCGGGUAGGGCGGUCAUGGAGGGCACCAGAACCCUUCGAGUUUGGGCUUUGCAUCUAUGUGAACAUCGUCUCCGCCAUGGCG